AUGGUCUCUCACUUGUUUGUUUCUGGAGAAUUGAAUGGGGUCACAGGCCUGAAGCCUGUUGAGAACCCUCCCUUUGAGUACAGAUUCAAGAUCCAGUGUACUGCAUGUCGCGAGGAGCACGACAAAGAGAUCAGCAUUAAUUUGCUUGAGAAGCACGAAAUACAGGGGAGUAGAGGGGAGGCCAACUUCGUGUUCAAGUGCAGUUUCUGUGGCAAGCAGUCAAAUGUCGAGAUCUCGCUACCCAAAAACUACACUGGGUUGACGCAGGAUUCUAAAAGGGCAGUGAUACUGGACAUUGAAGCACGAGGGGUCGACCUGGUGGAGUUCAUACCUGUCGGCAAUUUCGAGUGCGUCUCUGAGCACGGCACCAAGUUUACGGAGGUGGACAUCAGCGAGGGCGAGUGGUACGAUUAUGAUGAUAAUGCAGGAGCAGAGGUGAGCAUCACAGAUCUGAAGUGGGAGAUAGCCAAGAAGUAA